UCACUUGUUGACGUCGUGUUGAUUUUGAGCGGAGAAAUUAUUUAUUUAUAAACUGACGUAAGGGCGCUAAAUCUAAAAUUAACCGUAAAUAAAAUGUGAAAAUACAUUAAAAUAUUGAUGUAGCAGCUGCACGCAUGACAGGAUAAUGGCGCCCCGUGUACAGUUGGAAAAAGCGGCUUGGCGUUGGGUGGAAACGGUCAAACCAGAAGAAAUCAAGCAGGAGCACAUAGAGCUAGCAUACCGCAUCAAUCUCCCGGCCUGUAAGAGGGGAACCUGCAGGAGGAAUUGCAAAGGGAAUCCCAAUUGCCUUGUGGGAAUCGGUGAACAGGCGUGGCUCGGGGAAAUUGAUGAAAAUGCUUUCCACAAUAUUGAUGACCCAAAUUCAGAGCGCCGAGACAAGAACACAUUUGUAGGCCUGACCAACCUCGGUGCAACAUGUUAUGUCAACACAUUCCUCCAAGUUUGGUUCCAUAACCUGGAGCUUCGUCGGAGCCUUUAUCUGUGCCACAAUGCCCGAGCACAGGAACACAACACAGACUCUGAUUACGAGCCCCAGUCCAUCUGUGAACAUCUGCAGUAUCUAUUUGCUCUGCUCCAGAACAGCAACAGAAAGUACAUCGACCCAUCGGGACUGGUCAAAGCUCUGGGUCUGGACACUGGACAGCAGCAGGAUGCACAAGAAUUUUCAAAGCUGUUUUUGUCUCUGUUGGAGGACACAUUGUCCAAGCAGAAGAACCCCAACCUGCAAAAUGUCAUUCAGCAGCAGUUCUGUGGACAGUUCUCCUAUGUUACAGUAUGUAAUCAAUGUGGUCGUUCAUCUGCUCUUCCGUCCCGAUUCUAUGAGCUGGAGCUGAACAUUCAGGGCCACAAGAACCUCACAGAGUGCGUCACAGAGUUCUUGAAGGAGGAGAAGCUGGAUGGGGAGAACCGUUACUUCUGUGAGAGCUGUCAGAGUAAACAGAACGCCACCCGGAGGAUCAGACUCCACAGCAUUCCUCCAACGCUCAACCUGCAGCUCAUGCGCUUUGUCUUUGAUCGACAAACGGGCCAUAAGAAGAAACUCAACACAUUCAUCAGUUUUCCGGAGCAGCUGGACAUGGGGCCUUUCCUGGAAGGAAAAGCUGACCAGAAGUGUGUUUAUGAACUAAGUGCAGUGCUGAUCCAUCGGGGCAUCAGUGCCUACUCGGGCCACUACAUCGCUCACGUGAAGGACUCUCUGACUGGUGACUGGUACAAAUUCAAUGAUGAGGAAAUUGAGAAGAUGGAAGGCAAGAAGCUGCAGCUUGGUAUAGAGGAGGACAUUGCUGAGGCAGUGAAAUCUCAGUCACGAAAGCCGAAGUGCAGUAAAGGCUACCACUGCUCCAGAAACGCAUACAUGCUGGUUUAUAAGAUCCAGAAAGAGGAGAGCUCAGAUCCCGUCAAGGCCAGCAUCGAGGUGCCGGCCUUCCUUCAGAGGUUGGUAGACCAAGAUAACCUUAAAUUUGAGGAGUGGUGCACAGAGAUGGCCGACAUGAGGAAACUGAGCGUGGAUAAGGGCAAGGCAAAGCAUGAAGAGGUGAAAGAGCUCUACGAGCUUUUACCUGCAAGAGAUGGUGAGAAGUGUGAGUUUAUCCCUCUGGAUUGGCUAAAAAAAUGGCUUGACGACUCUGCUGCCACCAAAGAAAUAGACAGCUCCCUCUUUCUAUGCUCUCAUGGAAAACUGCACCCAGACAAGGUGGGAGAGACCAAGAGGGUUUCCAUGCAGGCUGCAGAUCUCCUCUACAAACGCUAUGGUGGUGGGCCAAGAAUGGAUGGCUCCUCUCUGUGCAGAGAGUGUGUCAGCCAGAGAUGCAGAGUACUUCGUCUGAAAAACCAGCUCAAUGAAGACUACAAGGAGGUCUCCAACCUGGUCAAACGCUCCCUCAGUGGUGAAGGCUUCUGGGUGGGUAAAGCAUCUCUGCGGAGCUGGAGGCAGUUGGCUUUAGAGCAGCUGGAGGAGGAGGAGCAUGAAACCAAACACAGCAACACUCAGACCAAUGGACAGGGACCACACACCAACAACAGCAAGGAGUUCAGCUCAGAGCUCUCCGGGAGCACCGAGGACGAGAUGAAGAUGUUCAAUGAAGACAUCGUCUGUAGCCACGGAGCUCUGAGCAUCCUGGAAACUGAACGGAAGUUGGUAUCUACUGAAGUUUGGACCAAGCUGAGGAUAUACUUCCCUAAAGCUCCAGAAUUCACCCAAAACCAGGAGCCCUGUCGACAGUGCCUGACUUUGGAGCAGGAGGAAAAGGAUAACGAGGCAGUCAGUAAGAUGAUGGCCCUCGACCAGAAGAACCAGCUGAUGAAUCUCUUCCAUGAAAAGAACCGGCCAACGCUCACAAAGUGGCCUCAGGGCACAGAUGUACUUUACAUAGUCCCUCUGUUUUUUGUGGACGAGUGGAGAAAAUUCAUCAGGAGACCCACUAAAUCCUCUCCAGUGUCUAAUGUAGGAAACACUCUUCUGUUGUGUCCCCAUGGAGGCUUCAUGUUCACGUAUGAAUCCCUGAUCAACGGAGAAGCUCAACAUAUAGCUCUGCUUUGGCCUAGCGAAUGGGACGUAAUCAGCAGACUCUUCAUCGUUGACCAGCCGAUUUCCAUCCACUGCUUUACACAGACCACACCGGAUGGUUCCACCACCCAUUACACCACUCAGCCUGAUCUGUGUUGGGAGUGCAGAGAGAGCUUCCUUUUCCAGCAGCAGAGAGACCUCAGAGAGUACACCCAAGCAACCAUCUACAUCCGCAAAAUCAUUGAAGACGCCAGGAUGAUGAAAGAUUCAGCUCCAGAGCUCAACGCCAGCAGCUCCGAUGCAGAGGAGGAGAAGGAAGAACACCCAGCGGUGGUUGGAGAGAAAGAUCCAGACUUCAGUCAGUCACAAGAUGGUGCGAAACGACUGAAGUUGGGUGAUGACAGCAGCGCGGCAUCAGCAGCUGCUCCCACUGUGACCAACCUGACCAAACUGGGUGGAAUCAGAAGAAGCACCCGACACAGGAAGCUCCGCGGAGAGAAAGCCCUCAUCGUCUCAGCCAAUCAGACGCUGAAAGAGCUGAAGAUCCAAAUCAUGCACGCCUUCUCCGUGGCUCCAUUUGACCAGAACCUCUCCAUGGAUGGAAGAAGUCUGACAGAUGACUCGGCCACGCUGGGAAGUCUGGGAAUCAUUCCAGAGAGCAUCAUCUGUCUGAAGGCUGACGAGCCGAUAGCCGAUUACGCUGCGAUGGAUGAUGCCUAUCAAGUGAGAAUGCCUGAAGAGGGAUUUAAAGGCACGGGGCUUCUUGGACACUGAGAUCUCUGCUGCAGCUGGGAUGGAAAUGGAUGAAACAUGGAAAUUGAAAACAAGCUUGAAUUUGUCAAGUGUCUAUAUAUUUAAAAAAGUGCUUUAAUUUUUUAUGUUUUGAUUAGGUUUUCUUUGAUAAAACUGUGACUAUGUUACAAAGAAUCUGUCUUUUUCUCAGCGUUAUGUUAGCUGGCCUUUGAUAUUUAAAGUUUGGAGUUGUUCUGAAGGUCGUCGUGUUCCCCUUCACUCCGACAGGUCGAGGAAGGAAAAAUGUGUUGAACUGAAGCUUCGCUUUGAAGCCAAACUUUGUGACUUAAAUUAUGGUAGAAGAAAAAUUCAAGGCAUUGUUCUGUCUUCUCCUUAUGUGGAAGGUUGUUAAACGAAUGCACGAGUUACCAUUAAUACAGAAAUAACUGCUCUUAGAUGUUAGAUCAUUUAUUACAGCACUUCUAUAUCCAUAUACUCCACAGGGCAGUUAGAAACAUGGCUACGAGGUGGAAGAUGUAGCAGCCGGUUGCUGUAGGUUCCAGCAGUGCAAAUGUUUUGGAUUGGAAGUGGCAAAGAAGAUGAGCAGUGGUUUGUCCUGGUCUUUUUAUUGUUCUUUUUAUGGACAAUAAAGCUAUUUUCAAUGCA